UUUGAUUUUAUACAUUUUUUACUUUUAUAUUUUUUUUUCAUCAUGUAAGGCGAUUUGAAUAUUGGCUUAGUGCCUGCAGUGGGUAUGUGCCAUUUUUUAAACAGAAUUAUCAGCCUUUAUUGCUGCACGAUGACCAAGCGCCCGGUCGCAUCGAACGUUCCGUGAUUGCCCAAGGACAAAGGCUCUUCAAUCUGCCAGCGUUCUUUUUACUUCAGCACUCCUCGUUUGGGCUGAGUACUACUGAAUUUUCGCACUUUUCGUUUCUUGUUCGUCCUUCCCUUCAGGAACCAUAUUCUUCAGCUGGGCCUUUCUGAGGUAGCCAGAAGCUAAAGCUGUAGAAGCUAAAGCUUACGGCCACAGCUGUAGGCUUGCCAAGGCUGCCACUACCUCCUCCGGUCGAACGUCAGCGAGGGUCGUCAAUUUAGCGGAGGCGGAAUUGCGCACACUGCACCAGGUGACGCCACCUUCUUAAGCAUCUUCGUGUUCCUUGCCUGUCCCGAAAUCGAGGGAGCCCAUUGUCAUGUUCGAGGGUCUACUUCUCGCGUUGGCCUUCUUUUGCCUCGUCUGCAACAAGAAUGGGCUUAGAGUUGACGACGCUGAUGGAGGAUACAUCGAUCUACUAGUGUCCAUCCACCCAGAAACCAGGCCGAAUGAAGUGAUUGUGGACAACCUAAAGGACCUGCUACAAUCCUCGUCCGAGUUCCUGCACGAGGCCACUGGUGGUCGUGUUUUCCUCAAGCAAGUCGUCUUUCAGUUCCCGGAAACGUGGCCGGAGCGGAGCACAGCUCGAAGCGUGCCUAAAUUUUCCUUCUCAACGAGCGAUGUUCGUGUUGAAGCUUUUAAAAGUGUUCGCAAGGAACAUUACUUCAGCACAGAGCUACGAGGGAGGUGUGGAAAACGCGGUGAUUUCAUUCGCGUUUCACCCCACGUCCUGGCGGAGCUGAACGCUACCAAAAAGGCCCUCAGCGACGCAACCUACGCCUUCGUCAAUGAAUGGGCCCGUUACCGGUAUGGUGUGUUUUAUGAGUAUGGGCGCUUGGGACACAAGACGUACCCAAUGUCCUACUGCCCGUGUUGCAAUAAGGAAGUGGUACGUUGGAACUCGUGCUCGGAUAGGAUUCAGCAUCGGAUUAUAAAUGAAGAUAUGUGCACAUUUCACGACCACUGUUAUGCCACUGAAAAUUGCGUCGUCGUGGCAACUCAACCAGAACAUGACCCCGUUAAAUCGUCGAUCAUGUACCUGCCACGUCUCGAGAAUAUAAAGGAUUUUUGCAACUCUGAGGACAAAAGCCAUAGACACAACAAGUUUGCACCUAACAUGCACAACAAGAUCUGCAAUGGCAAGUCCACCUGGGACGUCAUCAAGCAGAACGAAGACUUCAUGGGUCUUCCUCCACCCAACAUGUCCAAGGCCGUCUUGGUGGAAUUUGACGAAAUUCAGCAGAAACCUGGAACGAGCCUGCGAGCUGUCCUGGUCCUUGACCUUUCCACGAGUAUGAAGGAACACAAAAGACUGGAAACCCUAAAAGAUGUUCUCGACGACUUCCUCCCGACUUUGCUCGACGACUUUGUGCAGCUCGCCAUCGUCACGUUCAGCACCGCCGCGAAGGUCCUGCACCCCAUGAUGGCUGUCAAUCACCAAACGGUAGAAGGCUUUCGAGAUGCUGUAAAGAACAUGUCGGCGGUGGCCCGUACCUGCAUUGGGUGUGGACUUCAGCGUUCUCUGGAGGUUCUGAAUACUUCCAGCGAGUCUCCGGAAGGCGCAGUAAUUGUGCUUUUCACCGAUGGCAUGGAGAAUGAGUACCCCUCCAUAGAAGACGUCUGGCCGCAGCUGUUGGCGUCAAAGGUCAAAGUUGUAACUAUGGCGAUGGGUGAUAAUGCCGAAGAUAGGCUUGAGAAACUGGCUGCAGAAACGAAAGGGCAAAGCUACUUCUUUACAGAUCCCCUUGGGAACGCAGUGAGAACCGACGUUGAAGGCGCCAACAGUCACGCGCACGAGCGCACAUAUCAUCAGUCGGUGCUUAUUACUCCCAAUGAAACUGCGAAAUGUAACACCAGCGAAUCGAUGGUCGACGGCGAGGGUACCACGGCCCCCUCCCACCAUGAAUUCACGCCACAAAUAGCAGCAGUCAAAGCGGGUGCGGAGAUAUUCCAGUCUGCUAAUGACGAGUGCUUUCCAAGCGAAGGAUACAAUCCCGUAGUGGACUUGAAGACCGCCCUUGUCGAUUCCAUCGACCGCGAAACGAAGCCCUCCCACAAACCCAUGGUUGUGAUGUACGAAACAAGGGGCUUCAUCGGAACUAUUCAAGUAACAUUCCUUCUUGAUGACGCCUUGGGAAACAACACAGUCGUUACCAUUAGCAGCCAAUCCACUGGAAGUCACUCACUCACGGCGUGGCUUCUUGAUCCUACAGGAAAGAAGUGUGAGAAUUGUCGGGAAGUUGAGAGCGGCCGCGUAAAAUCGCUUACCAUCCCGAGCCCAGCAACGCCGGGUACAUGGACGCUUCAAGUGGAGAGUUCAAGCAAGGGACGAGUCGUUGUCAACAUCCAUGUCGUGUCCCAAAUCAAGGAUCUGAACAAUAAGCCGGUAGUGGCUUUGUGCCAAAUGUCGGAGACAGUGUUCAGCCAACCAGAGGAUGCCGUUAUACUUGUUGAUGUGAGGAAAGGCAUCAACGUUGUUUUGGCGGCAAAUGUAACGGCUGUGGUCCGUAAUACACAAGGGCUUAGUUGCCCUGUCCGGCUGUAUGACGACGGCGAGGAUCCUGAUGUCAUGGCACAAGAUGGUACGUACAGCGGCUACUUCACCCAAUUCACGGGUGGAGGAAGGUACCCUGUCAAUGCAUACAUUUAUGGUGACAAUAAGACUCGACAUGCGUACCGUACGCCGGGAUUCCCCCCUGACGCAAUUGCUUGGCCUACGGAAGACAACCAAGUGCCACAGAACGAAACAUGGGAAACAGAAAUUAUACAAGCGCCAGACAGCUAUACAUUCGAGGAUACCCUCCUGGGAGAACAGAAGCCCACGGCCCCAUUCCAAAGAGUCACAGUUGGCACUCACUUCCAGCUCACAAGCAACCUGCAGCAGAAAGACGUUCCUCCUGGAACAAUCUGGGACUUUAGAGCUGUGAGUGGGUACGUUGAGAUCGACAGGACGCCUAUCGUCUGUCUUACGUGGACUUGGCCAGGAGCGCACAUGACACACGGCAAAGCUGCGGGAGUGGAGAUCAGAGGUGGCACUGACGAAGACUACCUUCAAUCGCACUUCGAUAGCCAUGAGGUGAUGUCCGAUGUCCGGAAAGGCAACCUUCAAGCCCUCCCCCCCGGUUCGCACCAUGAAGUCACCAUUGCUCUUCCCCGCAACUGGGUGACGUCGGCCCAAGGCGUCGACUACAAGCUGGAGGCGUACCUAGCGGCACGUGUUAUUAACGCGGAAGGACUGAAGUCGAAGCUGUCUAGUACUGCUCUUGUACCAUUUGAAAUUUCAAAUUUUACUGCCUUUUUGAUAAAAGGAGGACCUGGCACCACCACGCGGACUAGUCAGCACCACACGAAUCCUGUACCAGCAAGGACAGCUGCCGAAACGCCUUACGAAGACAAAGACGCAGCAACGACCACAACACCGGCCAAGGUAGAGCCAGGCGUUGAUCCGGCAACAACAACCACAGCAGGUGUGGGGCAUCCAAGCGAGAAUGACAAGCCAUCCGUCAUCACUUGGAUUCUGCUGGCACUAGUUGCUGGAUUCGUCGUGUUCAUCGCAGUUAUACUGCUGUACAGGACGAGGGCGAGCACCACUACUGAGAAUCAGGGCCUCUCCACAAACACGCAAACAGCGACAACUAUGUGAAGUUCGAAAGUACAGACCAUGUGUGCUUUGUUUUUAAGAGAACGUGAAACUGUGUGAAGCUAGAAUACCGCAUGGUAUUUGUGACCAAAAUAAACCACUGAGUACUUUUGACAAUGCCACAAA